AUGAUCGUUCGACUACACAUUAUUGCCGCAUUGUGUUUGCUUCUCGCUACAGCCCUCACUCAUUCGGGCGCCCGGGCCGCGGAACGUCACCCCAACAUCGUCGUCAUCUAUGCCGACGACUUAGGCUAUGGCGACGUCUCCUGCUACAACCCCGAGCGCGGGAAGAUCCCCACGCCGAACAUCGAUCGACUCGCCGCCGAGGGAAUGCGGUUCACCGACGGGCAUUCCAGCUCCGGCGUUUGUUCCCCCUCGCGAUACACCCUGCUCACGGGCCGUUACCACUGGCGAACCCGGCUUCAGCAGGGCAUCGUCAGCCCUUGGGAACGCCCGCUAAUCGACGACGACCGGCUGACCGUCGCCGAGCUGCUUCAAGAACACGGCUAUCGAACAGCCUGCAUCGGUAAGUGGCAUCUCGGCUGGGACUGGCCGAUCAGCGAAGCCCAACGCCCCCACUUCGAAGCGCCCCGUGUGCGGAGAGACAUCGACGACGAGGCCACCGACUCGCAGCGCGAAGCCUGGCGAGCCGUGUUCUCCCAGCCCAUCGCCGGCGGUCCGAUCACGCGAGGGUUCGAUUCGUACUUCGGUACCGACGUGCCUAACUGGCCGCCGUACUGCUUCAUCGACAACGACCGAACCGUCGGCAUCCCCACCGAAUACCUGCCCGCCCAAUUGUUCAAGAACCGCCUGGCCAGCCGACAAGGCCCGGCACUCGAGGGCUGGCAACUCGAACCCAUCCUGCCCACGUUGGGCGAGCAAGCCAGUGCGUUAAUCGCCGACGCCGCACAACAGCCCGAACCGUUCUUUAUUUAUAUGCCACUCACCGCGCCCCACACUCCGUUGGCAGUAACCGACCAGUGGAAAGGCCGCAGCGGGCUGGGCAUCUAUGCCGACUUCGUCAUGGAAACCGACGCCGUGGUCGGGCAAGUGCUCGAAGCCAUCGCAACCAGCGGGGCGACUGACAACACACUCGUCCUGUUCACCAGCGACAACGGCUGCUCGCCCAUCGCCGGCGUGGCCGACCUGGAACGUCAGGGCCACUUCCCCAGCGGACCGCUGCGAGGUUACAAGUCCGACGUGUGGGAAGGCGGGCACCGCGUGCCGUUCAUCGUUCGCUGGCCCGGCGUGGUGCAGCCCGAGAGCACCUGCAAUCAACUGGUGCAUCAAGCCGACCUCAUCGCCACCUGCGCUGCGAUCGUCGGCAGCGAACUCCCCGAAACCGCCGGCGAAGACAGCGUGAGCCUGCUGCCGCUGCUGAAAGGCAACGACCAGCCAACUCGCGAGACGGUCAUCAAUCAAUCGAGCCACGGCCUGCUCUCCUUCCGCCACGGCCCCUGGAAGCUCAUCCCCGGCCCCGGCUCCGGCGGCUGGAGCAAAGAAACAGAAGACCAGCCCGCCCAGCUCUACAACCUGGAAGACGACCUCGCCGAAACAACCAACCUCUACAACGAUAAACCCGAACUCGCCGCCAAGCUGAUGCACCAGCUAGAACAACAAAUCCAACAAGGCCGCAGCACCCCCGGCCCCGCCCAAGAGAACGAUGUAACCGUGAACUGGCCUUCACGCGUGACCCUCGACAUCCAUGGACGAACGCUCAUCGCUCUGAACCCUCGCGGCAUUAGCUUGCGGCGAUCUCGGGCGGUAGAGGCGAUCGAAUCGCUGGGGCAACAUCCGCUGGUCGAGGUGUUGGAAACCGAGUACGCGGGACACGCGGGCGACUAUUGUCGAGAACGGGCCAGCGAAUUCGACAAGGUGAUUGCCGUCGGCGGAGAUGGCAUGUUCAUGGACGUGAUCAACGGAGUGGUCGAUGCCGAUGUCGCCGUGGCCGCCUAUCCCGCGGGUACGGCUUGCGACUUCGUGAAAGCCGCACCGGGUUACCCCGCCCAGUUACCGCAACUGCUGGCUUCGCGGCGCACCAUGCCGAUCGACUUGGGCCUGGUCACGUUCACCGACGGCUCAACCCAAUACUUCGUCACCGAAGCCGGCGUGGGGCUCGAUGCGGCCUGCGUGCAUUACAUCCCCGGCUGGCUGAGAAAGAUCAGUUCGAAACGGGCCUACGACGUCAGCGCGGUGCGCGCCCUCUUCUCGUACAAGCCGUUCGAAGCCCGCGUGAAACUGGACGAUGAGAGCUUCGACUUCGCCCAACUCCACCUGAUGGCCGUUUGCAGUGCCCCGUACUUUGGCGACGGAAUGCCGAUCGCGCCCGACGCAAAGAUCGACGACGGGCAGUUCCACGUCUACGCCGUCGGCAACGUCACUCGGUGGGACAUCGUGAAGAACCUGACGGCCCUGCGGAAGGGAAAGCACAUCGAGCACCCCCAGUCGCUGUACCGCGCCUGCAAGCGCGUCGAGAUCGAAGCCGACCGCCCGUUGGAAAUGUGCUUCGACGGCGACCUCGUCACCCACACGCCGCGCACGUGGGAAAUCCAACCCGGCCGGCUGAGGUUGAUCGUGCCGGAGAAAACGUAA